AUGCAUCCUUUGAGGCGCAAACGGAUGGAUUCCCCGAGGACAGAGAGAUUCAUCGAAUUCGUGCAAUCGUCAAGUCAAAGCAGCCAUGGGGAGAAGGCAGCACAGCAAAUACGUGUGCAGGAAAGCGCCCAAAAGGUUGCCUGGCUAUUGAACAGCCCUAACGACCACCAGGAGUCUCCUGGUCGUCACCCCAACGUAUCGCAGGACCGGCAUGAAAUCUGUUUGGCCUUUGCCGAGUUUGAUGAGGGACAUCUGAAAUAUCUCAAUGGCAAGAUCAGCCCUAGCGAACCGCAAUCCUUUUGGCUAUCACGAUGUGUGCCAACGAAAACCAAAAAUUGGAGAAAGGAAAGCAUCGUGCAUGACGGUAUAUGGUGA